AUGCCCGGGCUGGGCUCCGAUGAGCCGUGCCUCAUUGCGUGGGUGCUAUCAUCUCGCCAGAGGCAGCCGGUCCGCCAGAAAGCCCUCCGGGAGAUUUUGAUUCGGACUGUCGGUGGCACCCGGGGCUGCAGGCAGAGACAUUGGUGUGCCGUUAAAACAUUGAUUUUUCUUCUGUCUGUGGUUCCAGUGAAAAUAGGUGGAGCAGAGAUACUUGGAGCUCAGCCUCCUAAUUUUGACUCUCCUGCAUACUCGGAGGAAGAUGAGGAAACAGAUGCUGCUCCGGAAGAAUUCUUUUACGAGGGAAGUGACAAAGAAGAGAGUGGCGGCAUCGUUCGCCGGGCUGUGAGGAGGUAUCCAGAAGACUCUGAGAGUGCGGAAGUCAGCCACCGGCAGGUCUCGAUACCACUCUCACGAAGCUUGGAGUGCAACUGCCCAGAGGUGCUGGCCAAGGGCACGCUGGUUGCGAUUGUGGCCACCUUUGCCUUCCUGGGCUUCUUUUCCACCUCGGUGCUGCUGCUGGUGGCCGUGUGCAUCUUGCGGGUGAUCGACAGGCAGAGGAAAAAGGGGAAGGAAGCAGGCGCCAAGCAUUCUGCGAGCAAGCGGCCUCUCCCUCCUGUCCCGCCUCCCCGCCCGGAGCAUACGUACACGACCGUAAAGCCUUGCUCUGGGUAUGAGCGACUUCAUCCAGUUUCCCCAACGCGCCGGGAGCGAAGAUACCAGAACGUCAAAGAGCCGAGAGCCCAACGGUCUUCUAAAAAUUAUUUCCUGGAGAAGAAACGUUUAGCGCUCUCAUACGGGGCGAGGCAUUCUGAUCUGGGUACAGAAGCUGCUUCUUGCAGUGCUGCACAAAGACAAACCUCGCCAGAGAAUGAGUACAUUUCCCCCAAACCCAGGCAGUCUGUUUCCACAUCCCCUUUGCCGCACAAGUACGCAAAUAUCGAUGAGCUGCAGCCCGAGCCCACACCCGAAGGCUCCCCAGACCCUGGCGUGACACUGAAAGGACACGAGAUCCAUAUUUAUGAAGAAGUUCAGUAAGAGAAGGGCCAUUGAGAUGCGCAACUUGGAGAACUUAUGCCGGGAAGGAACAGUCCCACAGCUCUGGAGACCGCCUGCAAACUGCAUGUGCCUUCUUCAUAUUAAAGCACACAGUAUUCU